AUGCACCUCAACUCGAUUAGUAUCAGCCUAUACAUAGGCCUCAGCACCUUGGUCCUUGAAUUGGGCUCUGCACAAACUACUGACACCCCAGGCGGAUUAAUUCCACCGUGCACAACCGCACAAAUCGAAAAGGGCGGCGUCACAAACUGCGCCUGCGUCGCAGGAAAGGACAAGGGAGAGCAGCCUGGCGACAAGUGCAACAAAUGCGAUAUAGGACUAUGUAACAAGACACCCCAGCAGUCAGUGAGCCGACUGAGUGCCUGUUACCAGGGAUGCACGGACGCCAACCAUCCCUGCAACUCAUGCUUCAUCUGGUUCAAGUCCGUCUGCGAAUGCCAGCAGAACGGGAACUGCGCCAGCUUCCUCUCAGCCAAGGGCGACUCCACCUGGAUCAAGAUAGCUCACGACCGGCUGAUCACGACAACGACACACACCCCAGGCAUUCUCGAGCUGCACUCCGAAGCACCCUGGCAAUUUGGCCAGAGCGGCCUUGUUCGGGAUUCAAAGGCGUUGACUAUCAACUCGGUCAGCACACGCACCCAGGAGCAGAUUCAUAUUCAUGACUGUCCGGUCUUGGAUGAUCCGAAGAAGCUCCUAGCGAAGCAGAAUUAUGCCGAUUUCGAUAAUAUUGCUCCCAUCAAGCAUAUGCCUGGCCCGGAUCCAUGGCAGUGCAAGGUUAACUCGAACAAAGGCCAGGAUAUUGACAGAGUAACGACGGAUUUACAGAAUUUCAUUGCCAAACAUCCUGACUGCACCCACAAUAUUGGAGCUGCUGUUGUGGUGGACUCGAAUGACCGGACUUGGAUGUGUAUCACCACAGAUGCGGAUCCUACUCAGUAUACCUUCUGUAGCAAGGAUCCUAAGAGCCUAGGGGUAGAGGAAGGAGAUGCUAUCGGUUGA